AGACAGUUCUGUCCCCAACAUGGAGACAGCAAGAGACACUUCUGUCCCCAACAUGGAGACAACAAGAGACACUUCUGUCCCCAACAUGAAGACCACAGAAGUCGGCCUCAAUCAGCAGUGCUGCAGCUGUGACACCUCCUCUUCCAGAUGUUGGUGUGUGGACUGUGGUGAGGCUCUGUGUGACGACUGUGUGUCGGCUCAUCGUAGAGUCACAUUAACCAGAUCACACCGGAUCCUCAACCAGCCGCCAGGAAACGUCUCGACUCCUCCUACCAAGUUCUGCAGACUCCACCCGUCUGAGCCGCUCAAACUUUUCUGCCGCACAUGUUUCCAGUACACCUGUCGAGACUGUCAGCUGAUUGGUCACAUGAACCACAGGUAUCUGUUCGUCAGUGACACUCUGAACCAGACCAGGAAGCAGCUGGUGACCUGGACUCAGCCAAUCAGAGCGCAGAGAGACACAGCGAGUCGGAGUCUGAAGGACAUGCAGACCAGGCUGCAGCACAUCAAGGAAGGUGAAUCUCAGCUGGAGGCGGAGCUGAAGAGGUCGUUCGACAUCUGUGCUCAGCUCCUAAAGAGGAGGAUGGACAACCUGAUGGAGGAGGUCAAGAGGGAGUUGAAGAGUGAGAGUGAGUUGAUUCAGAAGAAGAUGGAGAAACUGAAGCAGCUGCAGAAGAAACAGAUUCUGGUGACUGAGAGUUCAGAUCGAGCUCAGAAGGUCCAGGACCUGCAGAGCCUGUUCAGGUGCUGCACUCAGGUGAAGUGUCAGCUGAAGGAUCUCCAGGAUCAGGACCUGUCUCCUCCUGAGACCAUGCAGCUGCUGCAGGUCACCGUCCACCGCCAGUCGCUUGAAACGCUUUUAAAGUUUGGUAAACUUGAAGUGGAGAAGAUUCCCUUCUCCAUCCCACAAACUCCUCCCACCUCAACCCCAUCUCCCCAAACCACUCCCACCAGUGUCACUGCCCCCCCCGUUCCAGUCAGCGGUCCUCCUCUAUUGUUACAGUUGUUGUCCACUCAGUUGAGUCUGCUUCCCUCCUCCGGACCAAACCUCAGCCAGCCCCCCCCUCCUGUGACAACAAGCUUUGCAGUUACUUACCCUAAGCAUGUCCCACCUCCGUCCCCCUCAGCUCUGGAGUCAGGGUCUCCUUCGCAGAGAAACCCAAAACCAAUGAUGCUGUUGAAUCCAGUUUCUUCUGUAGUCAGUCUGAAGCAAAUCACAUCCAAUUCUAUCCAGUCGACAGAUCCAUCUUCGUGCUGCACAGUCCUCAAACCAUCUCUGCUUCUGAAACCAACAAGUGUUUCUGAUCCGUGCCGGCCUUCCACCGCUCUGCUCUCCGUCCGGCGCCACAGUGUCUCCGAGGGCAUGCCUCAGUUUCCCUUGAUGCUCAGUCAGAGUAAGGCCAGCACCUUACCUGCAGAGAACUUACCAACAAACACAUUGAUAGGAAACAAUUUGCCAAAACAACAGAAUCACUUGGGCCUUGAAAGACACUCUGCUUUGCUUCUGGGCAGGAAGUCGGUCCAGGCAGAGAGACGUCCUGUGUGCUCUACAGGAAACUCUCAAUCUGUUGGACAGGAACACAAAGAGCUGCCGAAGCACCACAAUCUGACAGAGAGAAGCUCUCUGGCCCAACUAACUCUGGUGUGUGACACGUCCAGUAAAAGGUAUGAGGAACCUGUUUCCUCCUCUGUGAAACACCGGCAGAUUCCGGUGGUGAAGGCAGUGGCAGACUCUGCCUGUGAUCACACAGUGCAACAGAUGUCCACAAGGCAGGAAGAGCCGCCAGGAAACAAACCCACCUCUACCGUGUCGGAAGAAACCGAACCUGCCGAGAGCAAACCCACCUCCACCCUGUGUGAAGAACCUGAAGCUGCAGAAAACAACCCGACAUCCACCGUAUCUGAGGAAACUGAACUCGUGGAGAAGACAUCCACCUUCAACAGUCCAACCUUCAUCGUAUCUGAGGAAACAGAACCUGCAAAGAACAGACCAAGAUUUAACAAACCAACAUUCAUUGAUUCUGAAAGAACAGAAUCUACAGGGAAACGGCCUCAACCAACAGACAGAACUGCUGAAGAUCUGAGCUCUGUGAUCGGACUGCAUGACGUCUGUCUGAGCAGAUGUCAGCCCAGAGUGUCCCUCUUCAGACUGCCAGUGUCCCUGCUCCGGAUCGCAUAUCCAAAGCUAAGCUCCAGUAAAUUGUCUCCACCUGAAGCAACAGAUGCUGACGAUGAGAUUCACGUGGAAGAGCUGGAUGAGGACUGUCAGUCCCACAUCAGUGAAUCCUCGGAUGACUUUGGGGAUUUCACAGAACCUCUUUCGUCUCCUGAGUCUCCUGUGACACUAGAGAUAGUUCACUGCUCAGCAUGUGGAUCUGAUAACAGUUCAAUAAUCUGCUCAUCCUGCGGUCGAGGAUAUCACAGAGACUGUCACGUUCCCCCUGUUGGACCUGACAUGUGGACUGAGUGGAACUGUUCACUAUGUCAGGACCUGUCGGACCCUUCAGACCCCAACAGCUCCAAGAGACCAAAGAGUCCCCAGGGUCCCGGUCUCAGUCCCUUGGACCAGAGGAGGUGUGAAAGUCUGCUGCUGCACCUGAAGGUGGAAGGCUGCAGUCGACUCUCUAAGGUCGGUUGUGUUUGGUUUGGUCUGAUGUUGAUGUCAGAGCGUCUCUCUCUCCAUCGUCCUCCUGCUUAUCAAACUCCGGGGGAAUUCGUCAGUGACGUCUGGAGUCUCUUCAAACAGACCACGUCCUCACAGGAUGACCUGAUGAAUCUACGUCAGAGUUUUCGGAAUAAAUUGAUGGAAACUUUCAAUUCAGAGCUUGGUCCAACAAACAGAAAGAAGCUGGAUUCAAACCCACGUGGUCCAGAGAGUGGCUCCACCAGUGAGUCACUGCUGAAGAAGACGAGGAAGAGGCUGAGGGAGUUUCUGGACAUGAGGGGACAACCAGGACCCAAGAGGACGAAGACGGACAAGACGGAUGUUUAACCCAGAAGAAGUCUGAUAUUGAUUCUGAUUCUGAUAACACAGAUGAACUUGAAGUGUUAAAACUAUUUCUUCUUCCUGCCAUGAAGCUGCAGACUCUGAGUUGUAAGAGUUAAUUUAUUAAUUAUUGAUUUCAUAUUGAGCAUUAUUGAUACUUUUGAUCUUAGGAGAUGGUUUCAUUAUGUUUGUUACUUCAGUGUGAAGGUUUUCGGACUAGCUCUAACAAAGAUUGUAACUGAACUGAUGCAUCACUUUAUAACCUGUAAUCUGUUAUAAUUAUAAUCUGUUAUGUGUGAAUGUGUUUGUAUAGAAAUGAUCAGAUGACUGUUCAAGCUGUUUUUUCACUGUGAUGCAACAAUCAAUCACCAAUCAUCAAUAUUUCAGUCAGUUGAUCUUCCUGAAUGUUUUGAAGCUUUGAUCAUAUUAAACUGAACAGAUCAAUAACUUCCUCUUCUGAUGAUUCAGGUUUGACCAGUUGAUCCACGGAGAAACAGAUUAGAACAAAUAAGCUGAACUGUCGUCACAUGAUAAGUUAUUUUCUUUGACCUCAGUUCAGAACGAACGUCUCCACUUCAGUUACUAGAAAGUAGGAAAGUAAGAGGAACUGAAGUAAUCGGCUGAGUUUUAAAUCAAAGUCAUGUUACGAUGAAGUUAUUGAUAUGAAAAACAAUGGAUUGAUCAGGAAAAGAAUCAAAAACCGAACUUGUUAUCUGACAAUUAUCAAUAUAUUCAGUCUAUUUCUGUUAAAACAGACUUUUAUCAAACACAUUGAAUUCGA